UCUCUCUCAACAUGAAGAAACUCAUCCGCCGACUCGCCCGAAUAGUAGACUCGUCCACCCACUACACACCCCUUAGACCCUACUCCCCGACCCCACGACCACCCACCAAGACCCGAAAAAAUGGAAUCGGGUCCCUCGUCAUCCCGAAGGGGCACCUUCCUGUAUACGUAGGAGAAGAGAUGAAGCGGUUCGUGGUCCGCGCCGAGUUGCUGAACCGGCCGAUUUUUGUAGAGCUGCUGAAGAGAUCGUCUCAGGAGUAUGGGUACAACCAGAAUGGCGUCUUGAAGAUUCCGUGUCGGGUCUCUGUCUUCGAGCGGAUCUUGGAGGCUUUGAACGGUGGAGAUGGAUCGUGGACGUGAUCUCCGCAGACCUGUUAUCUUACGAGAAGUUUCUCUGAUAGGAUUGGU